CUUCUACGGCAGGUGCUGACUGUCGUUUUUUCAAACCAACCAACGUCGGCUGCUGCCACCGCUGCUGCUGACGCGGAAGACGGACUCGAGGAUGACAGUCUAAGUGAUGCCGAAGUGGAGACGGAGGAAAUUCCUCCGGAUAAAAAGGCCGCCUGGUGGUUUUGCGACAUUGCUGGAGGCCCCGCCGCAGCCGGGGACUCUUCGCAAACGGAAACCGACUGUCGUCUGAAGGCUGCUGUUUUGUUGGCGCGGCAGCUCUUCUCAGAAGAUUCGCGCGUCGUCGGUUGCACCUAUCGACAGUGGUGGUCUGAACACUUCGCUUCCACGCCAUCCAGUCUUCCAAAUGGAGGCAGUGGCGUUUUGUCGAGUCGACGCAGUGUCGCCUACCUCGCCAGAGAGCUCACCUCCCUCCUACCCUUCGAGAGGAACCCAGUCUUUCUUCGCACACAGAUCGCCGUAGUGCCCUUCUGGGUGUCGGGUCAGAGGGCGGCUGGAAGAGGUGACCCCGACGUCACAGCCAACGUAUCGACCGAACUGGCCGCUGCAGAGGGUGAACAAUGGCUGGACACGUGGAUGGACUACGUGGAUAUUGCCCGUGGAAGACUGGCUGAACUGCGGGUAAGAUCUUCAAGCUCUGCUCUGAUCCUCGCUGUAUCCUGCAUCUUGGUCACCGUUCCUGUCAGAGGCUGGCUCUCAGAAUCCUGA